AUGGUGAGCUCCGACCACCAGAGCCUCCACAUCCUCCUGCUCCCGUUCCCUGUCCAGGGCCACAUCAACCCGCUGUUCCAGUUCGGCAAGCGGCUCGCCUCCCACAAGGGCGUCCGGUGCACCCUCGCGGCGACCCGCUUCGUGGCCAGCUCCACCAAGCCGGCCCCCGGCAGCUCCUCCGUCCACGUCGCGGUCUUCUCCGACGGCUGCGACGGCGGCGGCCCCGACGAGCUCGGCGGUCCCGGCGGCCCCUACUUCGAGCGCCUCGAGUCCGCCGGGUCCGAGACGCUGGACGCGCUCCUCGUGUCGGAGGCGGAGGAGCACGGCCGCCCCGUGCACGUGGUGGUGUACGACGCGUUCCUGCCGUGGGCGCAGGGCGUGGCGCGGCGGCGCGGCGCGGCGUGCGCGGCGUUCCUCACGCAGACGUGCGCCGUGAACGCGCUCUACACCCACGCCUGGGCCGGCCGGGUGCCGUUCCGGCCGGCGAAGGAGGAGCUCGCCGGGCUCCGGGGGCUGCCCGCCCAGCUCGAGCCGGGCGACCUCCCGUCGUUCCUCGUCGACCGGAGCUGUCCCCGGAGCUUCCGGGAGGUGGUGCUGAACCAGUUCCAGGGCCUGGACACCGCGGAGGCCGUGCUCGUCAACUCAUUCCACGAGCUGGAGCCGCAGGAAUCGGAGUACCUGGCGUCUACAUGGGGUGCUAAGACGGUAGGGCCAACCGUGCCGUCGGCGUACCUCGACAACCGCCUCCCGGACGAUGUGUCCUACGGCAUCCAGCUUCACACCCCGAUGACGGCGGAAAGCAAGGCGUGGCUCGACGGCCACCCGGCGCGCUCCGUCGUGUACGUCUCCUUCGGGAGCAUGGUCGCCCUGGCCGCCGACCAGCUGGCCGAGCUGGCCCAGGGCCUCCGUGCCAGCGGGAAGCCCUUCCUCUGGGUGGUCCGCGCCACGGAGACCGCCAAGCUGCCAGAGAGCUUCCGCGGCAGGGCGAGGGCGGCGAGAGGCCUCGUCGUGCCGUGGUGCCCGCAGCUGGACGUGCUGGCGCACCCGUCGGUCGGGUGCUUCGUGACGCACUGCGGGUGGAACUCGGCGGUGGAGGCGAUCGCCGCCGGAGUGCCCAUGGUGGUGGUGCCGCAGUGGUCGGACCAGCCGAUGAACGCCAUGUGCGUCGAGGACGUGUGGCACGUCGGCGUCCAGGCGCGGCCGGAAACGGAGGCGACGGCGGUGGUGGGGAGGGGAGAGGUGGAGAGGUGCGUGCGUACAGUGAUGGAAGGGGAAACGGGUGCUGGGUUCAGGAGGAGUGCUCUGGACUGGAGCCGCAAAGCGAAGAAGGCUGUAAGCGAAGGUGGUAGCUCCGACAUCAACAUCUUGGAGUUCAUCUCCAAGUUUAGGUCUCUACAAGUGAAUUGA